GCAACGGACCUCGCAACUCGGACGACCAGCGUUCCACCCUUGCGGAAAUACAGCUUUCGCCCUUAAUAUCGAUCCUGGGCACGCGCUCUGCGCCAGAGUUCGACUUUCGGGAUUUCGUACAUUCGGACUUGCCGAUUUUCGGACUUCGACUCGCAGGCUUUUCGAAUUCGAUUGGAGGCAACGAGUCUGCCGAGCAGCCAGCACCACUCGCAGUCGUUUGUGAGCGUUCGCAGCGCCAGCAAAGUGUUAAACGAACAAGCCAACAAACCAAAUACAAUUAACCAGAAACCGAAUCCAAAGCCGAAUACGAAUCAGAUCCAGAAGCAGAACUAGAGACAAGGGCAAGUCAGUCCAGCUAAGUUCAGAGCCAGGAGACAGGACAAAGGAGCCAAGGAGCUGAAAGAAUUUUGAACAAUGUGCGUCGCGCUGCGUCGUAAUUUGUUGCUGCGGAGCCUCUGGGUCGUCCUGGCCAUUGGCACCGCUCAGGUUCAGGCCGCCUCGCCGCGAUGGGAGCCCCAGAUAGCCGUUCUCUGCGAGGCCGGACAAAUCUAUCAGCCGCAAUAUCUUUCGGAGGAGGGACGCUGGGUGACAGACCUUAGCAAGAAGACAACCGGCGCCACAUGUUUGCGUGAUAAAAUGGAUUUGCUUGAUUACUGCAAGAAGGCCUAUCCCAAUCGAGACAUAACCAAUAUUGUGGAGUCAUCCCACUACCAGAAGAUCGGCGGCUGGUGUCGUCAGGGUGCUCUAAAUGCAGCCAAGUGCAAGGGCUCGCACCGCUGGAUCAAGCCAUUCCGUUGUCUCGGACCAUUCCAAUCGGACGCCCUGUUGGUGCCCGAGGGCUGUCUGUUCGACCACAUCCACAAUGCCUCCCGCUGCUGGCCAUUUGUGAGGUGGAACCAAACCGGAGCGGCUGCUUGCCAGGAGCGCGGAAUGCAGAUGCGCUCCUUUGCCAUGCUCCUGCCCUGCGGCAUCUCACUUUUCUCCGGCGUGGAGUUCGUCUGCUGUCCCAAGCACUUCAAGACCGAUGAAAUCCAUGUGAAGAAGACCGACUUGCCGGUGAUGCCACCAGCCCAGAUAGCUAGUGCCAAUGACGAACUGGUUGUCAACGACGAGGACGAUAGCAAUGACUCGAACUACUCAAAGGAUGCCAAUGAUGACGAGCUGGACGACGAGGACGAUCUGAUGGGCGAUGACGAGGAGGACGAGAUGGUGGCGGAUGAGGCAGCUGCGGCAGGCGGAAGUCCCAACACCGGAUCCUCGGGGGAUACCAAUAGCGGCUCCUUGGACGACAUAAAUGCGGAGUACGAUAGCGGCGAGGAGGGUGACAACUACGAGGAGGACGGAGCAGGUUCCGAGGGCGAGGCGGAGGGUGAGGCCUCCUGGGAUCAGAGCGGAGGAUCCAAGGUGGUGGCCGUGAAAGGUGGCUCUGCCUCCGCGUCCCCGUCCAGCGUUCCGGUUGCUCCCGCCUCCGAGAAGAUGCCUCUUAAGUCCGACAUGGUCACCAGCACCCCUCAGCUUUCCGUUGCCGCAGCAGCAGCUGCCAAUGCUGGUAACUCGGGAGCUGGAGCUGGAGCUGGAACUGGAGCUGGAGCCGGAGUUGUAGCCGGAGUCCCACCACCAUCCACCGCUCAGCCAACUUCGGAUCCCUACUUCACCCACUUUGACCCGCACUACGAGCACCAGAGCUACAAAGUAAGUCAGAAAGAAGCCCAACAGCGCCUUGAGGAAUCGCACCGCGAGAAGGUCACGCGCGUGAUGAAGGACUGGUCCGAUCUGGAGGAGAAGUACCAGGAUAUGCGCCUAGCGGACCCCAAGGCAGCCCAAUCCUUCAAGCAGCGGAUGACGGCUCGCUUCCAGACUUCUGUUCAGGCACUCGAGGAAGAAGGCAACGCCGAGAAGCACCAGCUGGCCGCCAUGCACCAGCAGCGAGUUUUGGCCCACAUCAACCAGCGGAAGCGGGAGGCCAUGACCUGCUACACCCAGGCCCUCACCGAGCAGCCCCCGAACGCCCACCACGUUGAGAAGUGCUUGCAGAAGUUGCUGCGCGCCCUGCACAAGGAUCGGGCUCACGCCCUGGCCCACUACCGGCACCUGUUGAACUCCGGAGGACCCGGAGGUCUGGAGGCAGCUGCUUCGGAGCGACCACGCACUCUGGAGCGACUGAUCGACAUUGAUCGUGCCGUCAACCAGUCGAUGACCAUGCUGAAACGCUAUCCGGAGCUGUCGGCCAAGAUUGCCCAGCUGAUGAACGACUAUAUCCUGGCCCUGCGCAGCAAGGAUGACAUUCCCGGCUCAUCGCUGGGCAUGAGCGAGGAGGCGGAGGCCGGCAUCCUGGACAAGUACCGCGUCGAGAUCGAGCGCAAGGUGGCCGAGAAGGAGCGUCUGCGCCUGGCCGAGAAGCAGCGCAAGGAGCAGCGGGCCGCCGAGCGGGAGAAACUGCGCGAGGAGAAGCUGCGAAUGGAGGCCAAGAAGGUGGACGACAUGCUCAAGUCGCAGGCGGCCGAGCAGCAAUCCCAGUCGCCCCAGCCAUUGUCCCAAUCGCAAUCGCAAGCGCAGCAGCAGCAGCAGCAGCAGCAGGAGAAGAGUCUGAGCAGCAAGGAGCUGGGUCUCGACGGUGGGUUGGUCACAGCGGCAAAUCCCAACUUGGAAACAACCAAGAGCGAGAAGGAGCUGUCGGAUACUGAGUACGCCGAGGCAACAGUAAGCAGCACUAAGGUGCAGACCGUGCUGCCCACGGUCGAUGACGAUGCCGUCCAGCGGGCGGUGGAGGAUGUGGCCGCUGCCGUCGCUCACCAGGAGGCCGAGCCGCAGGUGCAGCACUUCAUGACCCACGACCUGGGCCACCGCGAAUCGCUUCUCGCUGCGCCGCGAGUUUGCGCAGCAUGCGCACGCGGCCAAGGAGGGCCGCAACGUCUACUUCACGCUCUCCUUCGCCGGCAUCGCCCUCAUGGCGGCCGUCUUCGUGGGCGUGGCCGUGGCCAAAUGGCGGACAUCGCGCUCGCCUCACGCCCAGGGCUUCAUCGAGGUCGAUCAGAAUGUGACCACACACCAUCCCAUCGUGCAGGAGGAGAAGAUCGUGCCCAACAUGCAGAUCAAUGGGUACGAGAAUCCGACCUACAAAUAUUUCGAAGUGAAAGAGUAAGCGGGACGGCAACUGGGGCGCGGCUGGCUAGAGCAAGAGCGAGAACGCGAGCGAGCGAGAGGCACACAUCAACAGCAAAAGCAGCAGCAACCACAAUUUCAAAAUGGAAAAACUUAAGCAUAAUAUUUAAAGCAGAUGGGAAGAGAAAUGAUUUUUUUUUCGUCAAGAGAGGAGCGCAGUUCCAAUAAGGAGAUUCGAGGGGUAGAAGAAGAAAGAUAAAUUCAAUGAAUGGUAAUAUAUCUAUAUAUUAAAUUAAAGCAAGCAAGCAGAAGGCAAGAAUAUAAAGCAAGCAAUUAAAUUUAAGUAUUUGAAUGUUUAACAAAAUGCAGUAAACAUCCUUUCUAGCUCUCUCUCUCUCUCUCUCUCUUUCUCUCUGUCUCACUCAACAACUCUGUCCCUUUCCCACGCACACAUAAUCAGAUUGCAAAACUUUGUGAUUCUUCUUGGUCGCCAAAAAUAAAAGAGAGAGAACUAAUAGCCAAAGAGGCAAGCGUAAUUUCGUGCAAUGGCAACUCGGAGUAAAAGAAAAAAGUUAAAGCGAAAGUGCAAGAAUCACACACAAACACACACAUACAACCGAAAAAGAAAGGAGGAGCAGGCGGAGGAGAGGAAAGAAAAGAGAGCAGAAGAAAAGCAAACGCAAAACAAAAGAUAUUCCUAGUAAAUAAAUUGUCAACACACACACAUUCUCACACCGACUCACUCAUAUUUACAGGAACAGUCACAGAUACACAAACACACACACAUACGCAUUCAUGGCUGCUUCGUAGCAUACUUUUGAGCGUUUCUUGGCGUUGAAAUGCUUGCAAGCCGAUCGCAAUUCUUACCGAACAAAAACUUACGCCAUUAAUUAGAGCCGCGCUAAGAGCUAGAAGAAGAAAGCAGGACGCAGAAACACAGAUACACUCACACACUGAGACACAUGUGAACCUAAGAGCUACCUACGCGUACUAAUCUCUAUACGAACGUGCAUAUGCGCUUAUGUAUAUGUAUAACUCUCUCUCUCUAAACCACACUUUACAGCUACAUACACACACACACACACACACACACACACACACACACACACCAAAAACACCAGACACCAGCAAAAGGCAAAUGCAAAUGCAAAAAAAAACCCAACAAAUUAUAUAUACACAUAUAUAAAUAUAUAUAUAUAUAUAUAUAUAUAUAUAUACAAUAUAUUUAAAGCAAAGCAAGAAGAAAUGUCCAUAAAUGUAUUUAUGUAUCUAUACACGAGCCACACAACCCAAAAGGUCAAAGGUCAGCUAGAUAAGGGGAAGAAUUACGAUGCUUGGCAGGCUAUCAAAUUAAUAUAUGAAUCAGCUACGUAACAGAAAUAAUGCAAAACGCUAAGCUAAUUGCAGACAGAAACCAAAAAAAGUAAAAAAACCAAAUGAAAACGAAAACGAAAAGCGAAAAACUUUUAGAACUUUUUCUGCAUAUUUUGUGUGUAAGUCGGUGGCAUAAAAAAAAUGUUUUUUCUCUUUUUUACGUUACAUGUUUCACUCAAAGGCCAGCACAAAACACUCACACCCCCAAAACACACACACACACACUCAACAACGGGGAAAAAAGCCCUUGAGAAGUCGUUGCAUUUCAUUUUUAAGACCUUCGCAACUGUUUGCAUAAUUUCCUUAGAGCCAAAUGCCAACGAAAUCUGAUAAGCAGGGCCCAAAUAGAGGCGGAAUCGAAAUCGCAAAAAUCCGGGGAGGUCGGAGACGGGCGAAUCCGGAGACGGAGACGGCACCACCUAGAGUGGACGCUCCGAAGAGCCCCAAAGAUAAACCAUUUCGAAACGGCUAGUUUCAUUUCUCAACUCGAUUGCUUGGCAAAUAUUUGGCCUGCUUUGUUCGAGCAGCGUGAUACUGUUACUCAAUCAAGCCAAAUAAUCGAAAUGCUUUCCCCUCCCAAAAAAAAAAAGCCGACGAGCGGUUGCCCUUCGCAAUUCAAUUUUCAUUCAAAUUGAAGCACAAAUUGAAGUUUAAGUAGUAGUUAUCAAACUAUCAUUUCCCUUGACAAAGAAGUUGGUAAAAUAUCAAAUUAAUGGACACAUUAAAACUGAAAUUGAAAUUAUUAUUGAACUUAAAUUGUUAGGACGAUAAAAACCGAUUCAAUCAAAAGUGGAGGAAAAAAAGAGUUAAUCAUAGUUCAAAAUGGUUACUCCAAAAGCUAAAAUUGACGGUAAGAUAAAAACUGAAUUAAAUUGAAAUUUGAAUCAAGUGGAAUUAAGUUAAAAUUACACUGGACUUUCGAGCUAAGCAUUUAGGUUGACAUUGAAACACACAUUGAAGCUAAAACUUUAUAUGAUGCCACGAUAAAAGCUGAGGUUGAAAUGAAUAUUACUCUGAAGAAGGUGAAUUAAAGCUUAAAAAAAUGUUAUAUUAAAGUUGAAAUUGCACCAAAAAAAGAAAACUAAAGCUUGAAAAUUGAGGUUGAAUAAGGUUGCACUGAGUAAUUCGAAUGUUAAAUCGGAAAUUGAGAUUCUGAAUGAGAUUUAAAAUGAGAAUGAACUCAUAAUUAAAACAACAACUAAAACUUUGCAACUAGAUUUAAAUUGAAACUAAAAUUGAAACUGUAAUUGAAGUUUUUUUGAAAAUUACUGCGAUCGAAAAUUACUUUCGAUUAAGAUACAGGAAACAGAUCUAGAAACUGAGUUAAAAAAAACUAAUAUAAAUCAAAUUCGAAAUAAAUGCCUCAAAUUAUUCAGAAACUGGAGUGCAAUUUCAAAAGACAUCCGGUAUUAUUACUAAAAUUGAAACUGGAUGAAACUGAAAACGAAGUUGAAAUUGUAAGCGAAACAAACCUUGCAAUUUAAGCUGAAAAUGUUUAUGGUACAUUGUACAAUUGUUAUGAAAAUUUCAGUUAAAACCAUAAUUAAUUUACCUAAAUCGAAGAUUGGCAAAAAUUAAUGUUUUGAUUAUUAUUUUCAUAUCAAUAUUAAUUUCACUUAAAAUGCAAAGUGUGAGUCACUUUGGAUUACAAUUUAAUUUCAGUUUCUGAGCAUCAAAAUUAGUGACGAUUUCAAUUUUGAAAUUGAUUUCAAUUUCCGACUCAGUUGAAACGUUUAUUUUGGACAUUAAUUUCUAGAAGUGUUUUAAUACAGAUUCAGCUCAGUUAAAAUUUUUAUCUCGAAUUUCAAUACAGCUUUGCUUUCAGACUCAAUUUAAUCCUGAACUUGUCAACCUCUUUUUCAAGUUAAGUUCCUUUUAUGGAGGUAUUCAUAUCUAUUUCAAAUGAUAAACAACAUCAGGAUUGUUCAAAACGCUUGGCUAUAAUAAAAGCAUUUCUUAGGGUUUUUGUUCCCAUCAGGCCAAUUUUAGUUUUUCAAGGCAAACUCAAGGCAAUCCCCACACAGACACACGCUCAGACAGAACCAGACACUUUAUAUAAUGCUAAAUGUAUUACAACAAUAUAUAUACAUCUAUAUAUAUAUACAAACACAUAUAUAUUUCAACACAAACAAACAAAAAGGCAAAUCAACUACACAAAAAGUAAAUAAGAAGAAAAUCUAACUAGUCAAAGCUUGAAUAUUUUUUAAUUUAUUCAUUAAUACAACAAGAACAACAACAACAAAAAAAUGAAAAGUAUACAUAUAUAUAAAAACAAAAAAAAACAACAACAAAAAAAGAAAAAAAAAAAACAAUUGAUAUUUACACUUAGUGAAGCAAAAAAACAAAACCAAAAAACAAAA